AUGUCCGACGCAAAAUUUGCUAUUCCAAAGCUUUCGGGAACAAACUGGCAAACGUGGAAAGUGCGGUUAGAGAUGCUUUUGUACCGUGAAAAUUUAUGGAGUGUAGUGUCAGAUGAUUUACCGGAAGAAGAAGAACGCGACGAACAGUGGUUAAGUGAUGAUCGGAAAGCAAAGGCAACUAUUGUGCUGCUACUGGAAGAUAGCCAAUUACCUCUUGUAAAAAGAUGUGUUCAUGCAAGAGAUGCAUUCGUUGCUCUUCGUGAUUAUCAUGCGAAAACUUCGCGGUCUGUGCGAGUUUCGCUUCUCAAAAAGUUGUGUGCAAUCAAUCUAGUUGAAGGUGGAAAUUUGGAAGAGCACUUGCUCGUUAUCGAAGAUUUAUUCGAUCGUUUGGAAUCAGCCGGAAUGGAGCUAGAUAAAGAUACUAAGGUGUGUAUGUUAUUACGCAGCCUUCCUACAUCGUUCGAUAGCCUGGUGUCGGCUUUAGACAGCCGACCAGAUGAUGACGUUACAUUAGAAGUGGUGAAAGCGAAAUUGGCAGAUGAAUAUGGUCGGCGUUUAGAACGCGAUAGACGUGGGUGCAACUCUAAUUCGGAAAAAGCAAUGCGAACAGUGGUCAAGAAAGAAGCGCGUACGUGUCAUUUUUGCAAAAAAGCCGGGACAUCUGCGGCGUAA